CUUUCCCCGCCAUUUGCUUCUCUCGUCUCCCCCCUUUCUCUCUCUAGGGCUCGCCUCGUACCCACAGCAGUCAACCAUUUUCGUUCACUAAAACCCUAAUUCACGCUACAUACACUUCAAUUCCUGUCUUUGAAGUGUCAAUGAGCGUCGGUAGAUGCUUGUACACCGUGUAUCGCUGUAUUUUUGGUUGAUCAAUGUCGAAUUCCGGCGUUGGAGCUCCCAAGGGCAUCAGCCUUUCGAACACAGUCCAUUCCGAAGUCGCACCGUGCUUGCCGCUGCCUUCGCUUCCCGUGUUUUGCGGAGAUUUUGACCAGGAGCUCCGGCUGUUCGACGAGCAGAGCAGUGCCAGGUCGUUGAAUCGGACUGAGGUGCUCAAUCAGGCCAGCAAGAUUGCUGAUCUCCUCGCAGCAACCGACGUUUCUUACUUGAAUCUUAGAGCUCAAGCAACUCGCCUUCCCUAUGGCUGUUUGGAGCAUCUAGAUCUUUAUGAUGAAGUUAUUCGAUGCAAUUCUGAAGCAUUUGAAUAUGCUUCACCAGGUCCUAUUAAGGAGCAAAUUUAUAGCACUACAGCUUCUGAGAAAAAGCCUUUUGAUCAAAGUAUACCUAUUGUCAGUCAACAGAAAAGAGACCUUGGAGGAGCUCAUGGUCAUCAACCUGACAAUGUUCUUGCUAAUGAUACAUUUACAUCUUCUUCCAGAAAACCAAAAGUAAAGAAGAAAGGACCUGAUGAACAAUCAUCAUCAACUGCUCCAGAUCCAAGCAAGCUUCAGGAUGCUGCCAUACAAGGUUUCUGUGAGUCCUUGGAGGAGUUUUGUGGCAGAGCAGAAGUUCCUAGUUAUGACCAGGAUGUUACUGCAGAAUGGUUACAAUUGCCUGUUUCUGAUCUUAGAAUGCUUGUAAAUGAGAUUGUAUCUAUCCGAGCAAAGAAAGUCCUACAUUUGGUUCCUGUUGAUGUCCUUGUGAGACUGUUGAGGGUUUUAGAUCAUCAGAUUCAUCGUGCAGAAGGUUUAUCAAUUAAUGAAUGUGAACAUUCAGAUUCAGAUGUAGUGUCCUCAGUUUCUGGUGCUCUGGAAUCCAUUCAUGCUGCUCUAGCCAUAAUGUCUCAAAGUGACAUGCCGAAGCAGCUAUAUAAAGAAGAGAUUAUUGAAAGAAUUUUGGAGUUCUCCAGGCGCCAAAUUGGGGACAUUAUGUCAGCUUGUGAUCCUGCAUAUCGUGCUUUGCACAAACCUGUUGAUAAUGGGACUCUUGAAGGUGAAGAGGAUGAGGAGUUUGAUGCUGAUUUUGGUUCUGCAAGCAAGAGAAGGCGUACUUUUAGGACUACAAAAGUCAAGAAAUCAUCAAUGAACAAGGUCUCCUCUGCUGUGAACACUAUACUUCAGAAACUAUGCACCAUUCUUGGUUUUCUCAAGGAUUUGUUAACAAUAGAGCGGCUAUCAGAUAGUUGCAUUCUGCAAUUGCUGAAGACAAGCUUCUCAACUUUAUUGGUAGAUAAUAUCCAGCUCUUGCAACUGAAAGCUAUCAGUUUAAUUACUAGGAUUUUUUACAAAUACACCCAGCAUCGGACUUAUGUGAUAGAUGAAAUCCUUCAGCUGCUUUUGAAGUUGCCAAACUCAAGGCGAGUACCAAGAACUUAUCAUCUCCCUGAUGAGGAACAGAGGCAGAUUCAGAUGGCCACUGGGUUGCUCAUUCAAUUGGUUCACUCUUCUGCAAAUCUUCCUGAGGCUUUGAGUGAAACAUCAAAUGGAAAUACUAUUUUUGAGGUCUCACUUGAUGUCAGUUACCCUAUUAAAUGCCAUGAGGCUGUGACUGAAACAUGCUGCCUUUUCUGGAGUCGAGUCCUUCAGCGACUUGCAAGUAUAAAAACUCAGGAUGCUUCUGAAUUGAAGGCACUGAUGGAAAAUCUUGUUAUGGAUUUGCUUACAACAUUGCAUCUCCCUGAAUAUCCUGCUUCCGCACCCAUUCUGGAGGUUUUCUGUGUCUUACUACUCCAGAAUGCUGGGCUCAAGUCAAAAGAUAUUCAUGCACGUUCUAUGGCCAUCGAUCUCCUUGGUACUAUUGCUGCAAGGUUGAAACAUGAUUCUGUACUUUACAGGGGGGAAAAAUUUUGGAUAGUGCAGGAGUUGGUUUCUCAAGAUAAUGCUGAAUGCAGUCACCCAAAUGAUGCAUGUGCCAUAUGUACUGAUGGAAGGGUUGGAAAACCAUUGUUUUUAUGUCAAGGUUGUCAAAGAUUAUUUCAUGCAGAUUGCAUGGGAGUUAGAGAACAUGAAGCUCCUAACCGUGGAUGGUACUGUCAGUUCUGUCACUGCAAGAAACAACUAAUUGUUUUACAGUCAUACUGCAAAUCCCAUUGCAAUGAUGGCAGCACAAAAAACAAUAGCGUGUCAGAAAAAUCUUCUGCACAUACUGAUUCAAUUGUGAGCGUAGAGAUUGUUCAGCAGAUGCUUUUGAAUUACCUCCAGGAUGGUGCUUCUGCUGAUGAUGUGCAUCUAUUUACGCGCUGGUUCUAUCUUUGCCUAUGGUACAAAGAUGAUCCAGACUAUCAGCAGAAACUCUACUACUACCUUGCAAGACUGAAAUCAAAAGCCAUUGUGCGCAACUCUGGGAUUAAUUCCUCGUUAUUGACUAGGGAUUCAGUCAAAAAGAUAGCUUUAGCUUUGGGACAAAAUAAUUCCUUCUCCCGAGGAUUUGAUAAGAUUCUUCAUGUGCUUCUGGCAAGUUUAAGGGAGAAUUCUCCUGUGAUUCGUGCCAAGGCAUUACGAGCGGUUAGUAUCAUAAUAGAAGCUGAUCCAGAGGUUUUACGUGAUAAACUUGUCCAAACAGCUGUUGAAGGAAGGUUUUGUGACUCUGCAAUCUCUGUCAGAGAAGCAGCAUUGGAAAUUGUUGGUCGGCAUAUUGCAUCUCAUCCGGAUGUUGGUUUGCAGUAUUUUGAGAAGGUGGCUGAGAGAAUAAAAGAUACUGGAGUUAGUGUCCGAAAACGAGCUAUCAAAAUCAUAAGAGAGAUGUGCAUGUCAAGUUCCAACUUCUCAGAAUUUUCGAGGGCCUGCAUUGAGAUUAUUUCCCGUGUUAGUGAUGAUGAAUCCAGUAUUCAGGAUCUUGUCUGCAAGACCAUUUAUGAAUUCUGGUUUGAGGAACCUUCUGGUGUGCAGAGUCAUGGUUUUGGAGGCAGUAGCUCUGUUCCACUGGAAGUUGCCAAGAAAACUGAACAGAUCGUUGAGAUGUUAAGGAGGAUGCCAAAUCAUCAGCUUCUUGUUGCCAUCAUUAAACGUAACUUAGCCCUUGAUUUUUUACCACAAUCUGCUAAAGCUGUUGGCAUCAACCCCCUCUCUCUUGCAUCUGUACGCCGGCGUUGUGAAUUAAUGUGCAAGUUCUUGCUGGAGAGGAUAUUGGAGGUUGAGGAAAUGAAUAACGAGGAAGUGGAGGUGCGCACACUUCCAUAUGUGCUCCUCCUACAUGCAUUUUGUGUUGUGGAUCCCACACUCUGUGCUCCAGCUUCAGAUCCUUCACAAUUUGUGAUCACUUUGCAGCCAUAUUUAAAGAGCCAGGCUGACAAUCGAGUGGUGGCACAAUUACUAGAGAGUAUAAUAUUUGUAAUUGAUUCAGUUUUGCCCUUGAUCCGAAAGCUACCUCCGAAUGUUGUGGAAGAACUUGAACAAGAUCUGAAGCAAAUGAUCGUUCGGCAUUCUUUCUUGACAGUUGUUCAUGCCUGUAUCAAGUGCUUGUGUUCUGUCAGCAAAGUGGCGGGGAAAGGUUCAGCUGUAGUUGAAUAUCUUGUUCAGGUUUUUUUCAAACGUUUGGAUGCCUUGGGAUUCGACAACAAGCUGCAAGUGGGGCGGUCCCUUUUCUGUCUUGGGUUGCUUAUUCGUUAUGGAAACUCUUUACUGAGUACAGCCUCCUCCAAUAACAGAAAUAUAGAUGUAAAGAACAGCCUCAAUUUGUUCAAAAAAUAUCUUCAGGCAGAAGAUUUUGUCAUCAAAGUCAGAUCUUUGCAGGCAUUAGGUUAUGUUUUAAUUGCUAGGCCUGAAUAUAUGUUGGAAAAGGAUGUUGGGAAAAUUUUGGAGGCUACACUCUCUUCCAAUACUGACACGCGCCUUAAGAUUCAAGCAUUGCAAAAUAUUUAUGAGUAUCUUCUUGAUGCUGAAAGUCAAAUGGGAACAGAUAAAGCCAGUAAUAAUGGGGUUACUUGCUCUGAAGAUGGUGGCCACAGUGUUCCUGUUGCUGCAGGUGCUGGUGAUACUAAUAUCUGUGGGGGAAUAAUUCAGUUAUACUGGGAUAACAUCUUGGGAAGAUGUUUAGAUGUGAAUGAACAGGUCCGCCAAUCUGCUGUGAAGAUUGUGGAAAUUGUGUUACGUCAAGGUCUAGUUCAUCCUAUUACUUGUGUCCCAUACCUCAUUGCCCUUGAAACAGAUCCUCAGGAGGCAAACUCAAAGCUGGCUCAUCAGCUGCUGAUGAAUAUGAAUGAAAAGUAUCCAGCAUUUUUUGAAAGCCGUUUGGGAGAUGGCCUUCAGAUGUCCUUUAUUUUCAUCACAUCCAUGGCUGGAAGUUCUGAGAAUUCAAACAAAAAAUUUCAAUUCAAGGAACCAGAUAGUAUGAAAGGGAAAUUUGAUGCUGGCUCUUUUACUCAUGCAAGGUUUGGUGUUUCUCGAAUCUAUAAGCUGAUCCGUGGUAAUCGUGUUUCAAGGAACAAAUUUAUGUCAUCUGUAGUGCGCAAAUUUGAUAUUCCAAGCUGCAACCAUUCAGUCAUUCCUUUUUUGAUGUACUGCACAGAAAUCCUGGCUUUACUCCCUUUCACAUUACCUGAUGAGCCUCUUUACUUGAUAUAUGCUAUAAAUCGAGUUAUGCAAGUUAGAGCUGGGAUAAUUGAAGCAAAUAUGAAAGCCUUCUUGCAUUCAUUACCUGAAGAUGCAAAGAUGCUUUAUGGUAAUGGAAUAACUCAGCAGGGGGUACCUUUUCAACCUGUUUCCAGUCCUAUGAUAUCUGUGGAUCUUAAUGGAAAACUUAAGGAAGAGUCAGCUGAUCAGCAUGUUUAUAAUCAGUCUGCAUCAGUGGAUCUAGAUUUGCACCCUAGGGCUUCAUGGAAUUCAUGUGGCAUAUCUGAAGAUGAUUUUCGGAGAAUCCAGGUUGACUGUCUUGCAGCUACUGCAUUGCGACUACUUUUAAAGCUAAAGAGGCACCUAAAGAUUGUGUAUGGUCUAAAUGACAGACGGUGUCAGGAGUUCUCUCCAAAUGAACCCAUAAAACCAGGGGAGGUUCUGUUGAAGCAGAACAUUCCCUUUAACAUUAGUGACAUGCAGAUUGAGCUGCCCACAACUUAUCAAGAAGUGUUGCAAAGUUAUCAGGAAUUCAAGAUUGCUUUAAAGGAGGACACUGUAGACUACUCAACCUACACUGCAAACAUCAAGAGGCGGCGACCUCCUUCUAGGAGAGGGGGGAAGUCCAACCGAAUGGCAGGCAGUGAUGACGAAGAUGAUGUCUGGGGAAGUGGGGUCCAGAGGGUAAAUAACAGUGGCAGGAAAAACAGCAGUAGCAGAGGUAGGUAAUGCACCUAGUUGUAAAUACAUUACAGGUGCGGAGCUAAAAUGUAUAUUAUUUAGGAUUGGAAGGGGAAAAAAAAAAAAAAAAGGGAAAUGAAAAGGAGGUAGAAAUGACAACAAAGUAGGGGGGAGAAUGCCCUAACCCCAGAAUGUGGAUGUAAAGCAGAUCCGCCAGAUUUCAGCAGGAGAUGCUGGCGGAGGAGCAAAUAUCUGUAAUCGAUUCGGUUUCGUAAAUCCUUUUUGGAAGUCCAUGUAAUUUGGUUAGGUAAAUAGUAAAUCGUGCCCCCAUUUUUGUCCAGAAAUUAAUCCUUUCUUUUAAUAUGUUAACGCUUUAUACC